CUAAGUGUUAAAUUCAUUUUAGAUAAUGUUAGGAGAGCUAAGGGGGUGAACUUGGCUUCGGGACAGCCAUGAGUCACAAUUUAAAAAAGCAAAGUGAGCCUGAAUUAAUAUCCAUAAUCCACAAAUAAAAACGCGACCUGCAAAACAUUUGGUGUGUCAUUUAAUAAUAAGCGUAUAAUGUCUUCUGAAGAGCUAGUUAUAAACAUAAUAAAGGGAAGAUUAUUUACAUCCGGGUGAAAAUAUCCCAAACCACACAGUGCAGCUGUUUGCACUCUUAAACACCAAUGAAAAAGAAAAAACAAAACAACAACAACAAAGUGCACGUGUACAUUAUUAUCACAUCCUUGGCAGCAGUUUCUUAGCUCGCCUGCUCCUUACACACAGCACUGCACAGUAAAAAGCCCAGCGUUACCCGGAUGUGGCGUAUUACGUAAACACGGAAGUGACGUUUUGUUAUCCAUUAUUGAAUGCAGGCGCGGCGUAGGUUACCUCCGUGGACACAUCUGACACAGUUGAAACAAAAACUGCAACUUGCUCCAUGCACAGGAAGCCACGCUGUGAGAGGAGGAGGGCUCAGGAGCGAUAUGGGGCAGAAGCAAAGCCAGAAGAGUUAGUUCCCCAUGGUACCUGUACCACUAUGUGUCCCAUCUCAGAGGUCCGGCGGCGGGAAGCACAGAGGCAGUUGCACUGCUUCGAGCUGGUUCCUGGGACAGAGAAAGAGCGCAUGCCCCGUGCUGAUCUCUCCCGCACGGUUAAAGAGUACUCGCGUCCUGCAGCUGGUAAAGAUAGCACCAGAGCCUGUGACCUGAGACCUCCGGACGUGCUGUUCAAGACAGUGUGUUAUCUGGUGGAUGAGAUAGCGGCCGCCUCCCCUACACUUCAGCCCUGGACUGAGGCCUACAGCUUUGUGUUCGACCGUUUGCGCAGUGUGAGGCAGGACAUGGUCAUCCAGCGCGUGUCUGGCUGGGAGUGUGUGGCAGUGCUUGAGAGAACAGUGCGCUUCCACCUCUAUGCAUCAUACCGGCUAUGUGGUGAGCCUCUGCGGCUCUACGACCCACACAUCAACAACACACACCUGCAGGAGUGUCUGAGCUGGCUGUUGGAAUGCUACAGCGAGGGACAGCAUGAGCAUCAGGCAGAAUUCCAGGCUCUCAGCCUGCUCUACAACCUGGGUUCCAUAUGGACAUUGCAGCGUGCCCUCGAGCUGCCCGAGAGGGUGCGUCUCUCUCCUCAGGUUCAGUUGGCUCUGGCAGUUAAUAGGGCUUAUAUGGAGCGCAACCCUGUGCGUCUCCUACGUCUGGCCCAGAAACUGGACUUCUUACAAGCCUGUGCCCUUCACCGACACCUCCUCUCCUGCAGGAGAGAUUUGCUGCUGCUCUACUGCCAUGGACACAACAGCCGCAACUGCCGCUUUCCCAUCCAGAAGUUAGCAGACAUUCUCUUCCUGGAGUGUUCACUAGCUGCUCAGCUUUGCCAGGCACAUGGAAUCCAAGUGAGCGGGGACUGUGUGGUCUUCUCUAAAGCCUCCUUUAGCGAGAGCCCGUGUAAAGAGCUGCAGUGUGCACAAAUGCACAAGCUAGUGGAUGACAAGCAACAAGACCUUUCAGUUGGCAGCAUCAUUCAUGGCAUUGCCUGAACACGUGGUUUAAAAGGGUGGUUCAGUCAAAGGUACUUCCUUUUUUUUAAAAAAUAUCUUACUGAUAUAAAUGUGCAGUGAAUUUUUUUUUUUUUUUUUUUUUUUUUUUUUGUUACUGUAAAUGUACUGCCAUACUUUUUUUAAGUAUGAUUUUUGGAAUUUACUAUAUACAUAUACAGUAAUAAAGCAAUAAAGUAUU